AUGCAGUGUGAGGAUAAGUCACAAUUUGGGUUUGCAGCAAAAAUGCUUUCAGAACAGACCGCAGUCCUGGGGACAGGAUGGGAGUCAAUGAAUGUCCAGCUGGAUGGAGCAGAGCCUCAGGUGGAAAGGGGAAGCCAAGAAGAGGGGCCAUGGAGAACAGCACCAGGGCCACUGGAACACCUAUGCUGUGACCUUGAAGAGGAGCCACAGUCCCUUCAGGAGAAGGCUCAGUCAGCUCCCUGGGUUCCUGCCAUUCCCCAGGAGGGGAGCACCGGAGAUUGGGAGAUGGCAGCUGCACUUCUUGCGGCAGGAUCACAGGGCCUGGUAACCAUCAAGGAUGUGUCAUUGUGCUUCUCUCAGGAGGAGUGGCGGAGCCUGGACCCUUCUCAGACAGACUUUUAUGGAGAAUAUGUCAUGCAGGAAAACUGUGGGAUAGUGGUCUCUCUAAGAUUUCCAAUUCCCAAACUGGACAUGCUUUCUCAACUAGAAGGAGGGGAAGAACAAUGGGUUCCUGACCCUCAGGACUUGGAGGAGAGGGACAUCCUGAGGGUCACAUAUACAGGAGAUGGAAGUGAGCACGAGGGUGAUACCCCUGAACUAGAAGCAGAACCUCCCCGAAUGUUAUCUAGUGUGUCUGAAGAUACUGUUCUCUGGAACCCAGAACAGGAUGAGAGCUGGGAUUCCAUGCCCAGGGGCUCCAGAGGAAUGCUCCUGGGCCCACCUUUUCUUCAGGAAGAUAGCUUCUCAAACCUUCUAUGUAGCACAGAGAUGGAUUCCCUGUUGAGACCACACACAUGCCCCCAAUGUGGGAAACAGUUUGUGUGGGGCUCCCACCUUGCCAGGCACCAGCAAACACACACUGGGGAGCGGCCCUACAGCUGCCUCAAGUGUGAAAAGAGCUUCGGGCGAAGACACCACCUGAUCCGGCACCAGAAAACCCACCUACAUGACAAGCCCAGCAGGUGCUCAGAGUGUGGCAAGAAUUUCCGAUGCAACUCCCAUCUGGCCAGCCACCAGAGAGUGCAUGCGGAAGGCAAAUCCUGCAAGGGCCAAGAGGUUGGAGAGAGCCCAGGGGCUAGGAAACGGCAGCGUGCCCCACCAGUGCCAAAAUGCCAUGUGUGCACUGAGUGUGGGAAGAGUUUUGGCCGACGGCACCACCUGGUGAGACACUGGCUGACCCAUACUGGGGAGAAGCCCUUCCAGUGCCCUCGCUGUGAAAAGAGCUUUGGCCGUAAACAUCACCUGGACAGACACCUGCUGACCCACCAGGGACAAAGUCCCCGGAGCAGCUGGGACAGAGGGACAGCUGUCUUUUGAAAUCUGUUUCUGCUGCAGCUGUGGUCACAUCUAUCAGCAGCUGGUGCUACCAGGAGUCUCUGCCAGAACUGCCCCUCUCCUGCACCCCAGUGGCCAGAAUCAUGAGCCCUGGCUCCAUCCCUCGAAAGAUGAGGUUCCAACAUUGGCCAGACAUUUCUCACCGGUUCUGUGAGAUACCACAUAAAAUGGAGUUCUUUGGGCAAAACUUUUAGGAAACAAUGCUUACUGCAUGGGCUGAUAUUCAGCCCUAGCCCAUUCUCAAGGGUACACUUGAGAAUCAGCAGUUUAUGGCUGAGGUCCAUUCUAAGUGGUUGGAGUCUAUGCCAUACCAGUUAAAAUUUGAGUAACACCUUUGUAUACUGUAACUAUUAUAUCCUCUCUGUAUAUAGAGAGAAAGACCAUAUUAGCAUGUUGAA